CCCUCCCCACCCAACCCCAUCGCCCCCAGCUGAGUUCCCAGUCCCUGGGUAUAUCCAGCAGGUGCCUUGCCACAGCAGCUGCUGAUCAGUUCCUCCUGCUCUCCUGAAAGGGCUGCAGGGAGCCAGCAUGAGCACCUGGUGGAGGUGCUGGUGUCCAUGCACCAGUGCGGGAGGCAAAGCUGUUCCCUGCUGGGGUUUUGGAGAAAGCCCGGAGCUGCUGGGCUGGUGGGGCAGCUGCUGGCGGCGGGGGACGAGGACAGGGAGUGAGGGGUGUCUGUGCUCAUCUGCUGUGGGCUGCUUCCAGUGCUUCCCGACACGGCCUCUGCUGGUAGAUGCACUCCCAGAACUUAUCAGGCACGGCCGCGAGAGGAUAGGACAAACCAUCAAGGCGUCCGGCUCCAGGCUCUGCUCGUAUGCUGAACGAGUUGCUUUUUUAAUGGAUCGUUCCCGGAGCCCAGACACCAGCGCUCAGCCUCCAACGCCAGCUGACAACAUCAACCUGGGACCUUCAGCUAACCCCAAUGCCAAGCCAACAGACUUUGACUUCCUGAAGGUUAUUGGCAAAGGAAGCUUUGGGAAGGUUCUCCUGGCCAAACGCAAGUGUGAUGGGACUUUUUAUGCUGUGAAAGUCUUGCAUAAGAAGACCAUCCUGAAGAAAAAGGAGCAAAACCACAUCAUGGCAGAACGCAAUGUGCUCCUGAAAAAUGUCAAGCACCCCUUCCUUGUGGGACUCCAUUACUCCUUCCAGACCUCGGAGAAGCUUUAUUUUGUCCUUGACUAUGUAAAUGGGGGGGAGCUCUUCUUCCACUUGCAAAGAGAGCGCUGCUUCCGUGAGCCCCGGGCACGAUUCUAUGCUGCAGAAGUUGCCAGUGCAAUUGGGUACCUGCAUUCCUUAAACAUCAUCUACAGGGAUUUAAAACCUGAGAACAUCCUUCUGGAUUGCCAGGGCCAUAUAGUAUUGACAGACUUUGGACUCUGCAAAGAAGGAAUGGAGCAAGAGGAGACGACUUCCACAUUUUGUGGCACUCCUGAGUACUUAGCUCCUGAGGUGCUAAAGAAGCAGCCGUAUGACAGGACCGUAGACUGGUGGUGCCUGGGAGCUGUCCUCUAUGAGAUGCUCUUUGGACUGCCACCUUUUUACAGUCGGGAUGUGUCUCAGAUGUAUGACAACAUUCUGCACAAGCCACUCCAGAUCCAAGGAAGUAAGACCGUGGCAGCUUGUGACAUCCUCCAGGGACUUCUCCAUAAGGACCAGAAGAGGAGGCUGGGCGCCAAAACAGACUUUCUGGAGAUAAAGAACCACGUAUUCUUCAGCCCCAUAAACUGGGAUGACUUGUACAACAAGAGGAUUACCCCUCCAUUCAACCCCAAUGUGGCUGGUCCAGCUGAUCUGCGACACUUUGAUCCAGAGUUCACCCAAGAAGCGAUCUCUGCCUCAAUCACCCACACGCCUGACUUAGCAGCCAGCAGCUCCAGUGCCUCAGAUGCUUUUUUAGGAUUUUCUUAUGCACCAACUGAAGAGGACUUCUAAGUUUUAUAAAGGCUUUAAGAAGCCAGAUUUUAACUGAAUGGGUUUUAUGUGUUUGUUUGUUUGUUUGUUUUUUCCUUUUUGAAAGAAAUGGCACUGUCCUCUGCUCAUGGCUUAUGGUGAGGGGGACUAAUACACUAACUGGCUGGGAUGGAACAGAGCUCUUAAUCUGUGCUGUUUGGAUUUCCCUCUAUAUGUGUGUUUCCCUGGCAGGGAAAGUGGGACACCAGUUAUUAUUAUUUUUCCCGAGUGUCUUGUACUACUUGGCAGAAUUGUAUUCACUGGGGUUGUAUCUAUGGUUGAGGUAUGUAUCAUCAUUCACAUCACAGCUGUGUGUGUGGAACUAAUGCUGCCCAGCUAUGUAUGACUGCUUUGCUUUCCUAUAACAGAGGGAAACUCUUCACCCUACAUACAGCAGUGGCUCCCUUCAAGUGGAAGUGCUCAUUUAAGUGGUUGUGGAACAAGCAGUCUGGUUACUGGUGGCCAGGCUUGAGUUAAACUGGGGUAGUUCAGUGAAUCUGCCACCUAAGCCAUUAAAGAUCUGGUAGCAGCAGAGGUGCAUGUUAGAUUUUAAUGCUCUAGAGCAGAAAUGCAGGAUUCAGCAGGUGUUGCUGAAGAAACAGAGCUGCCACAGCAGCUGGGAUGAGCACUGCUACUUGUGGAAGGAAGCCAUUUCCUCAUCCUGGGCUCAGACACUGAUCAUCUUUCAUUGCUCCAACGACAGCUUAUGGGUUUGUAAACUCUGAAGUGGGCUGUAGCCUCUCACAGGAGCCAGUUCUUGCCGAUGACCACUGGCUCUCCCUCUGACCCAGGACCGGGCUGCUGUAUGUAAAAAUCGAUGUAGAAGGGGCUGUGUUGUUUGUCAAAAUAAAAAGUUGGUGGGGAAGCGGAGGGUGGGAAUCCUUUCACAGCAUGUGCUUGACUUCUCCUGAGGACCACAAACACUGAAAUGGGCACAGGGAGCAUGGGGUGGGGGUGCUGGAGCCCCCCAGGAGAGGUAUUCUCUCCUCCCUACAACCCUGGCUUCUGUGCUCCUGGGGUGCUCUGGAAAUGCCUGUCACAGUUGAUCAUAGAUGUAGAAGAGUUAUUUAUUCUGCCUUAAUUUAAAUGCUGGUGUACUUAUUGAAUGUCACUUCCUAUUCUUUUUUUUUUUCCUCUCCAAGUUCUUGGGUUCCUGUGGGGAGGAGAGAGGGGGAUAAGAAAUUGUAACUUAUGUACAACACAUGGAUAAAUAAGGGCAUUUCUAAAAAUGGGGUAAUGCUCACUCUUGACUUUUUUUUUUUUAUUUACAUUAUCAGCCCCUAUCUUGUACAUGCUGGAGGCAUUAGAAAAAUGCCACGGUUUAUAUUAAAGUGCAUACACUGA